AUUGCAACAGCGGAUAAUAACACGAACGAUCUCUUCUAGCCAGUUUUCUUUUAUUUCUCCCAAAAUCACAAUUCAGCAUGUCGGCAACAGUGGGAGCCCCGCAACAGUUUAAGCAGCCCUCUCGAAAGGGUAAGAAAGCAUGGAGGAAAAAUGUCGACGUUACUGAAGUGCAAGAGGGACUCGACCAGGUUCGAGAAGAAGAGAUUAAAGGAGGUGUGCUGGCAGAGAAACCGUCCGAAGAACUGUUUAUACUAGACCCUACGGGAGAUGAGGAAGUUCAGCGAAAGGUUCAAAAGAAAUUUAAAUCUUUACGUGCCGAUGAGAUUAUUGCGCAGCGUUCGGCUAUAAGCGCAGUCGACAGCCGUAAGCGCCCGUCCAAUUCCAGAGUUACAGAUGGAGUUAUAGAGCCGAAGACAAAGAAAAGUCGAAGUGAUUGGGUAACUAGAGAAGAAUGGCUACGAUUGAAAAAGGUGGCACGGGAAGCCAAACUUGAUGAAACGUCAAUUCAGCCUAGUGUUGUCCAUGACCCAUGGGCGAUGGAAGCCAAAGAAGAGCAGGAAUUUUCCUUCCUGGAGAAAAAGAAGCCAGUCGUUGCCCCAAAGACUUUGUCCCAUGCACCUAUAUCACUAGCGGCUAAUGGUAAAGCGAUACCAUCGGUGAUAAAGCCCAAGGCAGGAACAAGUUACAACCCAUCCUUCCAGGAUUGGGAUGAACUUAUUACAAAGGAAGGAGAGAAGGAAGUCGAAGCUGAGAAAUUGCGAUUAGAUGAGCAGAAGAGGGAAGCAGACCGAAUCGCACGUAUUGAAGCAGCUGAAGGUGAUGAUGGGCAAAUAAAAUCUGACGACGAAAGUGUAUGGGAAGGGUUCGAAAGUGAAUACGAAGCUGAGUCAAUGAAGAAGAAACGACCUGAGAGGAAAACAAAGGCACAGCGAAAUAAAAUUUUAAGGAGGAAAGAGGCAGAGAGAAAAGCGAAGGCGGAGGCUAAAAUGAAGAAAAGGGAGCAGCAAGCUGCACAAGCUAAAGCAAUCUCAAAGCAGAUUGAAGAGAACGAGAAGGCAAAACUGGCUGUGGCCAAAGCUGAAGAAUCGUCUGAAGAUGACGAGCCUACCCUCCGCAAGCGACCAUUUGGUGGCAGAACUCCGUAAGUCUAAUCAUUAUGCUCCUAAUAUACCCAUCACUAACACGUAUCCAUAGCGUACCGGCCAAGCCGCUGGAGUUGGUUCUUCCGGAAGAACUUAAAGAUUCUCUUCUCCUCCUCAAGCCAGAAGGGAACUUACUAGCAGAUAGAUAUAGAACCCUGAUGGUCCAGGGCAAGCUAGAAGCCCGCAAUCCAAUCACACAGGCCAAAAAGGCAAAGAGAAAAGCAACGGAAAAGUGGACAUACAAAGACUUCAAAGUCCCAUCAGUUUGAAAAGGCCAAUCGCAAACUCUAGAUAUCGUUUUUGGCCCAAAGUGGAGGAUCAAGGGUGUUUAGGAGUUCCGGCAUUAUGUACAUACGAGAAAUGACUAGUCUUUAUCUCUUGUUAUACCAGCAAUCUCUCACUUAUCAUAAUCUUAAGAUCAUUAUUAUAUUGGAAAACAAUUGGGGAGCCUGUAUGUUCCAUUUUAAGGUUCUGCCCGCGUCUAUUUCCACGCGCCCACGAGGGCUAGACCAAAACGUUACAUAAUCAGUGAAUUGUUUGCACUGUUUGUAUCGAUGAUAAGACCUUCUGGCCUCAGAUUAAUAUUUUCAAGCCGCAAGCGACAGGGGGAAAAAAGGCAACAGAGG